AUGGUUGGUUUUAAACCAUUAUUCUUAUUGAACUUUUCCCCUUUGAAUUUCUUUUUAAUGAGUGAAUUUUCAGGCUCGUAAUGCUGAGAAGGCGAUGACAGCGUUGGCCCGAUGGAGGCGGAUGAAAGAAGAAGAAGAACGGGUUGGUUUUUUAGUUUUUUUUUUCCUGAAAAUUGUCUUCUUUUUUUUUCGUUUUUGUUACGUAUUCCAUUUUAGGGACCUCUCGCGAAAAGACCACAUGACGUGAAGGAGUGUCGCAGCUUGGAAGACGCUGAAAGAUUCCGUUCAGAUGUGAUAUCAUUCAAUUCUUUUCAAAAAAAAAAAAAAAAAAAUUGUCCAGAUCACGCGAGAAGCUUCGAAGAAAAUUGCGGCGAUCCAGAAUCCUGGUCUUGGAGAGUUCAAACUGCGAGAUCUCAACGACGAAAUAAACAAAUUACUCAAACUAAAGUUAACAUGGGAAGGUCGAAUAAAAGAGUUAGGCGGGACAGAUUACAGGUAAUGAAAAGGUAAAUUUAUUCAAUAACUGUUUUAAUCUCACAGAAAAUAUGCUUCAAAAGAGUUAGAUGCUCAAGGAAGAGAGGUGAGGUCAGCGCGAGGGUACAAGUAUUUUGGAGCAGCCAAAGACCUUCCCGGCGUUCGAGAACUUUUCGAAAAGAGUAAUGAGCAGGAGGUAAAUAAAAUAGAUAAAAGGGCUACUCUGAAAAUGAAAGUUCAGGUUCUUCGAAAAAACAGAGCAGAACUGAUGAAAGAUAUCGACGCCCAUUAUUUCGGAUACUUGGAUGAUGACGACGGGGUCUUGAUUCCAUUAGAAAGUGCAGUCGAAAAAGAAGCUAUCGCCAAAAUCGAACAGGUAGGCCUUUGGUUUGAAAGGGGAAUCGCUUGGGGAAAAAUAACUCAUCUUUUUGAUCCAAACGUAUAGUCGAAUUGGAACUAUUUUCUCAUUUGUUUUUUGACAUGACGAUGCGAGCGCAAUCGAAGUUUGUUGUUUUUAAGCGGAAAGUAAGUAUUAUUUGAAACGAAACUCAAAAAUUCAAACUUUGUAGUAAGUUAUAAUUGUUUUAUUAAAAUUCUCAUCUUUUGACAACAAAAAAUUUUUCAAAAACUUUCAAAAAAUCACAGGUGGAUGCUUUUUUGAAAAAUUCAUAUGAUUCAAAGCAUUUCACAAUCUCAGAAGCCAGGAAAACAUUUCUUUUCACUCAUCAUUUAGAGAAAUGUCACUCAGAAACUUAUUCUGAAUUCGAAUGACCACUCUAAAAAAACUGCAAAAAUUUAUAAGGAACUUUAGGAUUUCGAAGAGAAAGGAGGCGAAACGGCUGCGAGGCAAUCCGCCAAAGGUUACGAGGAUAUUUACAAAAUUGAAGACGUAAGACAUUUUUCUUUAAUUCAUACAGAUAUUUUCAUUUGUAGGAUGGUCAGGAGGACUUGGAAUCACACGAGACGAAGGUGGUCGGCGACGACGGCCGGCCGAUGACAAUCCGCCACGUUUUGGUAGGUUUUACUUCAUUUUCUUCAUUUCUCGAGUUUCUUUUCAGAUCCCCUCGCAGCAAGACAUCGAAGAAGUGCUACUGGAGCAGAAAAAGCAGGAACUCCUUUUCAAAUACGUUUGA